GUGUAUUUGUUCAUUUGUCCUUCCCUUUGAUAUGGGAUCUAUAAGUGAACAACACCAUUGCUGAUUUUUAUUUACCUCUAUAUCCCAGUGUUUUGUGCUGGUCUCAGCCUAUCAGUAACCCAUGUUGUGGCUGGACCAGCCCCCUUUGGUUCUUUAUGAUUGUAAGAUACCCUUAAGAGAUGACCAUCAGGAAAUUUUGAAAAACUGGAAGUUUAUUACUCUGAGACCUGGAAAUUACACAGCACAAGUAGGGCCACCCAGCAAUACUGAGGGUAAAGAGAAAAAGCUCUCAAGCAUGUGAAGUUCUAUUGUUAUUGGGGUUAAGGAGGGGGGACUAGGGUUUCUCUGGCUCCCUCUUUAUUGGUGAGUUUAAAACAUAAGAGCAAGGAUUGAGGAAGGGGUGGUGGAAAGAGGGGGCAGGAAGAAGGCCAAGCGAGGAGAAGUGGCCCGGCUCUUUAUCUAGUCAUGUGGCUGGCAUUGUGUUUCUUGGAGAUAGCCCUCUUUGAAGUGGAUGCUUCCCUUGUCAAAGCUUAAAUCAGACAGUUGCAUUACAAGAAGAGCCAACUGCCAAGGCUUACACUAUACCCAGCGCCUAGCACAUCGUAGGUGCUCAACUUUCACAUGUUGUAUGAUUAAAAGCAUUGCCACAGGGCUCUGGCUUCCCCACGUACUUAGGUUUUACCACUCCUACUUCGUACCAGCUACUCUGAGUUAGUUUCCAUCUCUUCUUGCUUACACUGUUCUCUCCCUCUUCCUCUUUCCAUGUAUCCGAAUCUUACUCAUCCUUUAAGACUCACCUUGAAAUCCUCUCUUUCUCAGAAGCCAUCUAUAAUCCCUGGAUCUGGAAUUGAUCUCUACCAUAUAUGAGCAGGAGGAAGUUAUUGUCCAGGCCUGGUUUAUGGUCCUUUUCAGUAAUGUGGUUCCUAACAUUACUUACAAAUGCAUGGAGCUGAAUCUCAACAAAAUUCCCAACAACAUUCCUACAUCAACCAAGAAACUGGACCUGAGCUUUAAUCCCCUGAGGCAUUUAGGCAACCAUAGCUUCUCCAACUUCCCGGAACUACAGGUGUUGGAUUUAUCCAGGUGUGAAAUUGAGACCAUCGAAAACGAUACGUAUCAGGGCCUAAACCACCUCUCCGUCUUGAUAUUGACAGGAAACCCUAUCCAGAAGUUUCCCACAGAAGCCUUUUCUGGACUCUCAAGUUUACAGACUCUGGUGGCCGUGGAGACAAACCUACAGUCUCUAGAGGAUCUCCCCAUUGGAUAUCUCAAAAACUUGAAGGAGCUUAAUGUGGCUCACAAUCGUAUCUGCUCCUUUAAGUUACCUGAAUAUUUUUCUAACAUGACCAACCUGGAGUACUUGGAUCUUUCCAAUAACAAGAUCAAAAAUAUUUAUCAUAGUGACUUGCAGGUUCUACAUCAAAUGCCUCUACUCAACCUUUCUUUAGACUUGUCCCUGAACCCUUUAUCCUUUAUCCAACCAGGUGCCUUUAAAGAAAUUAAACUCCAUGAACUGACUUUGAGAAGUAAUUUUGAUAGUAUAGAUGCAAUGAAAACUUGUAUUCAAGGUCUGGCUGGUUUAAAGAUCCAUCACUUGGUUCUGGGAGAAUUUAAAAAUGAAAGGAACUUGGAAAGCUUUGACAAAUAUCUCCUGGAGGGACUGUGCAAUUUGACCAUUGAAAAAUUCCGGAUAGCAUUCUUUGAUGAGUUCUCAGAGGAUAUCACUGACUUAUUUGAUUGUUUGGCAAAUGUUUCUACAAUUUCUCUGGUGCAUCUGUUUUUAAAGAGACCACGAUACCUUCCUAAAAAUCUCAGAUGGCAACGGCUGGAAAUGGUUAACUGUGAAUUUGAAGAAUUUCCCAAAUGGGAGCUGGACUCUCUCAAGGAGUUUGUUCUCACUGCCAACAAAGGCGUGAGCACUUUUACUAAUAUGAAGCUGGAAAGCCUUGAGUUUCUAGAUCUCAGUAGAAAUGACCUGAGUUUCAAGGGUUGCUGUUCUUACACUCACUUGGGGACAACCAGACUGAAGCAUUUAGAUCUGAGCUUCAAUGAUAUUAUUACCAUGAGUUCUAACUUCUUGGGCUUAGAACAGCUAGAAUAUCUAGAUUUCCAGCAUUCCACCUUGAAACAGGGCAGUGACUUUUCAGUAUUCCUAUCCCUCAGAAACCUCCGUUACCUUGAUAUUUCUUAUACUCACACCCAAGUUGUCUUCAAAGGUAUUUUUGAUGGCUUGGUCAGCCUCCAAGUCUUGAAAAUGGCUGGCAAUUCUUUUCAGGACAACUUUCUUCCAAAUAUUUUCAAAGACCUGACAAACUUGACCAUUCUAGACCUCUCUAAGUGUCAGCUGGAAGGGGUGUCCCAGACAGCAUUUGGCUCACUUCCUAAACUUCAGUUGAUAAAUAUGAGUCACAACAACCUCUUGUCAUUGGAUACACUCCCUUAUGAGCCUCUCCUUUCUCUCCAAAUUCUGGAUUGCAGUUUUAAUCGAAUAGUGGCCUCCAAGGAGCAAGUACGACAACACUUUCCAAGUAAUCUAGUUUCCUUAAAUCUUACCCGGAAUGACUUUGCUUGUGUUUGUGAACACCAGAAUUUCCUGCAGUGGGUCAAGGACCACAGGCAUCUCUUGGUGGAAGUGGAAGAAAUGGUGUGUACCAAACCUUUAGACAUGCAGGACAUGCCCCUGCUGAGUUUUAGGAAUGCCACCUGUCAGAGGAGCAAGACUAUCAUUACUGUGUCAGUGUUCACUGUACUCAUGGUUUCUUUGGUAGCAGUUUUGGUGUAUAAGUUCUAUUUCCACCUGAUGCUUCUUGCUGGUUGCAAAAAGUACAGCAGAGGCGAAAGCACCUACGAUGCCUUCGUUAUCUACUCAAGCCAGGAUGAAGACUGGGUGAGGAAUGAACUGGUAAAGAACUUGGAGGAGGGGGUGCCUCCCUUUCAGCUCUGCCUUCACUACAGAGACUUUAUCCCUGGUGUGGCCAUCGCCGCCAAUAUCAUCCAGGAAGGGUUCCACAAAAGCCGGAAGGUUAUCGUUGUGGUGUCCCGACACUUCAUCCAGAGCCGGUGGUGCAUCUUUGAGUACGAGAUUGCCCAGACCUGGCAGUUUCUUAGCAGUCAUGCCGGCAUCAUCUUCAUCGUCCUGCAGAAGGUGGAGAAGUCCCUGCUGCGGCAGCAGGUGGAACUGUAUCGCCUCCUCAGCAGGAAUACUUACCUGGAGUGGGAAGACAGUGUGCUGGGCCGGCACAUCUUCUGGAGACGACUCCGAAAAGCCUUGCUGGAUGGUAAACCAUGGAGUCCAGAAGAAAUGGCGGACGCAGAAAACAACUAGUAUGAAAUGGUAACCUCUGCCUGGGGAGGAAAAGCUCCCAUGGGGCUCUGUGCCCAGCUGGACCCAGGACUUGUUCAGUUAACGAGUACUAAAUGCUGCGACGUCCCUGGCAUUAUGCUAGGGGCUGAUGGUUCAGUGGUGCAGGAGGUUUACAGGACUGCUGACCUCAUGGAGUUUAGUGCACAGGGAAUAAUAGUGUGCUAAAUCACAUACCUCCAGGUGCAUGCUUCCACCAAAUCAGCUCAGGAGUCCAUGGCAUGGAAAGUCAACUCAAUUCUUACCCCCAUCAAACUCAAUUAGAACUAAGAGAUGGGGCCCCAGAGAGAUCAGAAAAAGAUGUAAUUCUUCACCCGAGUUUUUGGAAUGGAAACUACCUCAUGUUUUACAUGCUAGCUGUCUUAAAGAUGUUUGGGCAGUUUUAACUGAACAAAGUCUUUGCUCACCUUUCCCUCUUCUACUGAAUGCAACUUAAAUUCCACUCAAUUCAGCAGCCUCCUGAUUCAGACCCCUUCACCUCCACUUGAAGCCAGUUUCUUUACAAAGGUUAAAGUCUAGUUACUGAUUCCCAAGGAAAUCUGAUUAAC